UUGUUUACCUCGGGCGCGGUGCAUCGUGGGAAAACCACCAUAUUAGGUGGAAAGGCGAGGUAACCCUGUUCUUUCGGCACAGUUAUUUUCCAGAAAUGACACGAUCGUGUUGUGUGGUAGGCUGCCGGUCCCGGCAUGGCAGAUCGGUGGACGAAGGAAUCCGUUUUUUCCGUUUUCCAACCUGGAAACGAUCACAUGGACCUCAAUUGGAGGAAAUAACAAAGAGACGUCGCAUGGCCUGGCUUUCAGCAGUGAGGAGAAAGGAUCUCAUUUUCAACAAAACAUUCCCCCACAUGUGUGUUUGUUCUCGGCAUUUUCAUAAAGGUGAGCCAGCUUAUGAGAUGAUGGAGAGUGACCCAGACUGGGCCCCAUCCUUACAUCUUGGACACGCGUCUGUCAAACCAACAGACCCUGGUCGCUCUGCCAGACGAAGGGCACGGGAGCAGACACGGAAACAUGGAACUCCUCCAUCAAAGAGGAAGACGCAAACCCCAACUAAAGCUGAACAGAGCCAACUAUUGGACCUUUCAAGGAAAGCAGAGUUCAGCCUUCUGCUGGACCUUUCUAAGCCGCUCCCUGAAAGUAACGAAACGGCAACGGAAGCCGAAGAGAGCCAACCACUGGACCUUUCAAUGAAAGCUGUAAAUAAUCCACCACUGGACCCUUUACAGGAUCUCCCUGAGAGCAAACCUCAGCCCAAUGAUGACCACUCCUAUGCUUUGCCCUGUUCACCCACUCUAAUAAAGGCCAGACUCAGUGAUGCUUUGAAUAGAGUGGAGAUUCUAGAGCAGGAGAACCUGAAUGCCAAGGCCCGAGAGCAGAGGGCAAAGAAAUACAUAGAGAGACUCCUGGAUGAUCUGAAGAGAAAGAACCUCACAAAUACCUGAAAGAAAGGAUUCCAAACAGAUCUUCAUACGGAUGGAGGGGCAAAGAUGUUCGUCCUCCUGUUGCACCUUCUGGCCCCAGAGCAAGCAGCUGCCUGGAAGGGGAGGGGAGGUGGGGGGGUGGGUCUAUGCAUCCUCCCCUCCUACGUCCACAAGGGAAAGCUGUGCAAUACAGUGUUUUUUCCAGGCAGGGUAGGACAGGACACUGGAAUCACCUGGAACUAAUAAAGAUUAAUUUACCAAGCCUUUAAAAGAACAGUGUCGUGCGUGAGGGUGGCGCAGUGUUUAGUCCCUAGUCCUCGAAUUCAAAUCCGACAUGUUGUCCUCUGCCGCCUGUCUCUCCCCCUCUAUUAAACACCCUUUUCUGUGCUCUUUUUAUUAAAGAGCACAGAAGAAUGUAUCCCGGCAAGAAAACAAAUAUUUUUAAUUUGUUACAUUUCAGCCGUUACAAACUGGUGAGAAAAUCAGGUAAUAAUUCAGGGAGUUAUAGUUUUAGUCAAGCAUGUAAUGACCGGAAUACAAAUUAAUUCACUGGAGAUCAGAUCCAAGAUGGCAGCCGUGUUGAUGUUUUUGCUCCAAAAGGCGUUUCUGGUCCUUGAGGUGACGAAUUGUAGGAUGCCCCUGGCUUCAUCCAUCCUUUUGUCAUUUGAUUUUUUGAUUUUUAUUUUUUUUAUUGUCGAGUUCUGGACUAAAUUAAGACUGAGUAUGACCAAUGUGAGUGACUGAGUCCUCUAUAUGGCACAUAAUAAAACAUAUCAGCCUGUAAAUGUUUGUUGAGUGAUGGUUAAAUUAUUCACUUAUUUGAGGAGCAAGAAAUCUCAACCCUUAUGUUCAUUCAUCAUAUGCAAUCAUCGCUAAGUGUCAGAAAACCUGUUGGAAAAGGAUUUUUUUGUGUUUUAGAAAGAAUGUGAUUUUGAACGCGUCCUUUACCUCAACAGGAACUUCAGUUUUGGAUUUAUUGAAAAAUGUAUGCAUUCAUGGAGUCUGUAAUGUUUUCAGUGAUAUAAAUGUGGCUCAGCAGCAGAGGUGGGUAAUAACCAGUUAAUUUACUGUUUUUUGAGUAAAUUGUUGACAGUAGUAUACUUUGUUCAGCUGCUCCCACCAUCUUAACUUCACUGAAUAAUGAACAAGCUGGUUGAUAAAAGCAGCAAGCUCCAGAUAAAGAUCCAUGUUAAUGUCUAAAUGAGGGCUCCUUUUUUUUAGAAUAGAAAAUAGAAUAGAAUGGAAAAUCCUUUGCCACAAUGGGGAAAUUCUUGCAACCAAGCCGAAUUGAAUCUACAUCGGAUUAGGAGGUAAAGCUUAUAUUCAGCAAGGAGUAAAGGUUGUCACUGGAGGUACUCUUUU